AUGUCUGGAGCGAUCUUCACACCCCUGGAGGGCCCCGUAGCACUGGACUCGGCUGGCGGGCACCCUCUCGUGUGUUCCCUGUGCCACUCGCAGUACCAGCGCCCCUGCCUACUGGAUUGUUUCCACGGCUUCUGCAGUGGCUGCCUGCGAGGCCGGGCCGUCGACGGGCGUCUGUUCUGCCCCCUGUGCCAGCUCCCCACGGUGGUGAAGGGCUCCAGCGGGCUCCCUCCGGUGGAUCGGCUGCUCCAGUUCCUGGUGGACAGUUCGGGCGAUGGCACAGAGCUGGUGCGAUGUGCCAACUGUGACCUGGAGUGCACCAAGCAGGACGCCGAGACCACGUACUUCUGCAACACGUGUGGGCAGCCUCUGUGUGCGCGCUGCAGGGAGGAGACGCACCGGGCACGCAUGUUCGCACGCCACGACAUUGUGGUCCUGGGUCAGCGCAGCCGUGACGUGCUUCCCAAGUGUGCGCUGCACGCUGAGCCUUACAUCAUGUUCUCCACCGACAAGAAGUCGCUGCUGUGUAUCCGCUGCUUCCGGGACAUGCAGGGGGAAAGUCGGGCGCACUGCGUGGACUUGGAGUCGGCCUAUGUGCAGGGCUGCGAGAGACUGGAGCAGGCGGUGCUGGCAGUGAAGGCCCUGCAGACGGCCACUCGCGAGGCCAUUGCGCUGCUGCAGGCCAUGGUAGAGGAGGUAAGGUGCAGCGCAGCCGAGGAGGAGGCGGCCAUCCAUGCCCUGUUUGGCAGCAUGCAGGACAAGCUGGCAGAGAGGAAGGCACUGCUGCUCCAGGCUGUGCAGAGUCAGUAUGAAGAGAAGGACAAGGCCUUCAAGGAGCAGCUGUCCCACCUGGCCACUCUGCUGCCCACCCUGCAGGUCCACCUGGUCAUCUGCUCCUCCUUCCUCAGCUUGGCCAACAAGGCGGAGUUCCUGGACCUGGGUUAUGAGCUGAUAGAACGGCUGCAGGGCAUUGCGACGGGCCCGCACCGCCUCCGACCUGCACAGAGCAGCAAGAUCUCCAGCGACCACCGCGCCGAGUUUGCCCGCUGCUUGGAGCCACUGCUGCUACUGGGCCCACGGCGGGCAGCGGGGACCGGGGUCGCCCCCAAUACGCUGGCAGGGGUCCCAGGCCCUACGGUGCUGAUGGGGCCCAGCUGCCCGUCUCCGGGGGUAAAGCCAUUGGGCUCACCAGUGCAGAAGCCAGCUCUGCACCGCUCCAUCAGCACCAAGGUGCUGCUGUCUGAUGGCGAGGACACGCCCUUCACUGAGCACUGUCGCCACUACGAGGCCUCCUACCGGCGCCUGCAGGCGGAUGUGCAGAACCUGAAGGACCAGGUGCAGGAGCUGCAUCGGGACCUCACCAAGCACCACUCGCUCAUCAAGGCGGAGAUCAUGGGGGACAUCUUGCACAGGGCCCUGCAGGUGGACGCGCAGAUCGCCGCGGAAUACGCGUGUGUGCAGGGCCUGCGCUCCAUCUUCCAGGAGAUCUGGGAGGAAUCCUACCAGCGCGUGGCUAACGAGCAGGAGAUUUACCAAGCCCAGCUCCACGACCUGGCGCGGCUGAAACAGGAGAACGGGUACCUGACCACCAUCACCAAGCAGAUCACGCCCUACGUGCGUUCCAUCGCCAAGGUGAAGGAGCGGCUGGAGCCCAGGUUCCAGGCUCCUGGGGAGGAGCAGGCUGAGAGUCUCCAGAGCAUGGAUGAGGACAGACCGGGGAACCGACAGGGGCCUGUCUCCCUUAGGAGUGAGCUGGGCUGUCUCCCUGAGAAGAGGGAGAGGAUCUCCGAACCCCGAGGAAGCAGCUACCCCGAGCAGCCUCGCUGA